AUGCCUCUCACAAAACAUCUCCUUCAUCCCUCUCCAGAAUUGGAGAAGAGGAAACACAAGAAGUGUCUAGUGCAGAGCCCCAAUUCCUACUUCAUGAAUGUGAAAUGCUCAGGAUGCUAUAAAAUCACCAUGAUUUUUAGCCAUGCACAAAUAGUAGUUUUCUGUGUUGGUUGCUCUACUGUCCUCUGCCAACCUACAAGAGGGAAAGCAAAGCUUACAGAAGGGUGUUCCUUUAGAAGGAAGCAACACUAA